AUGCAGAAAUAUAAUCGUGGUCGAGCAAUUGGUAAUCAAUGGGUAUUCGGUGGCACGGAUCGUGAUACGGAUGAAUGUUUUGCUGUUACGGUUGAUCGUCGAGAUACAGCAACUCUCUUACCAAUAAUUCAACAAUAUAUAAAACCUGUACCACCAUAUACAGCGAUGAAUGGCGAGCCUAUUCAUCACUGUACUGAUCGACCAUUCAUGCGCCUUGUUGAACAAUUUAAUGAACUGUAUCCGGUAGCAAAAGAAAAUUAA